CCACACAAGCCCACUCCACCACGGCACAACCACCAGCAGCUCAGUUCAUUUUAGGACGGCCGAGCGGCGUAGUCACGGGAGAAGGGUGCGACAAAUUUAUCAUGUGGUGAAUGUUAGCGAGACUUCCCACCCCACGCAUUCUCCCUCUUUCUCUCUUUAACUGAACGUCAGGGAGUAUUUUACAGCACUGAGCGGUGACUAUGUGCUAAGUUAAAGGGGAACAUUAAAUAGACAAGAUGUUACGCGUUACAAUACACCAUGUCGCUGGGCUGGAGGGAUGCUGGGCAGUCCUCAAAAGGGGUCACCGCAGGGGGCCAUGUGACCUCCGCCGCUUUCAUGCAAGUGCCUCAGCGGGGUCAUCUCUCAUCCCUCAAGCAGAUGACUUUGCUGAACGCCAUAUUGGGCCGCGGAGACAUGACCAGGAGAAGAUGCUGAGUAUGCUGGGGUUCAAGUCCCUGGAUGAACUGACGGAUGCUGCUGUGCCUGAGAACAUUCGUCUGGGGCGUGACCUGGAGGUGGACCGGCCGCUUGGGGAGCACGCCGUGAUUGAACGCAUCCGCUACAUCUCCGAGAAGAAUGAGAUCUGGCGCUCCUACAUCGGCAUGGGCUACCACAACUGCAGGGUGCCGCACUCCAUCCUCAGGAACAUCUUUGAGAACCCUGGCUGGACCACCCAGUACACCCCAUACCAGCCUGAGGUAGCACAAGGACGUCUAGAAUCCCUACUGAACUACCAAACACUAAUCACAGACCUCACUGGACUGCCAGUGGCCAAUGCUUCCCUGCUGGACGAGGGAACGGCCACUGCUGAGGCUGUAGCUCUUGCCUUCAGGCAGAACAAGAGGCGAAAAGUCUACCUCUCGGAGAAGCUGCACCCACAGACCUUGGCAGUAGUGCAGACAAGAGCUAUACCCCUCGGCCUUGAAGUACUCAUUGGUAACAUUGCGGAGAUUGACUUCUCCAACCGGGAUGCCUGUGCUGUGGUCUUCCAGUACCCUGACACUGAGGGAGCCAUUACAGACUUCUCGGAGGUCAUUCAGAAUGCUCAAACUAACGGGACCAUGGUGGUGUGUGCUACUGACCUCCUGGCACUCACCAUCCUUCAGCCCCCUGGGGAUAUGGGGGUAGAUGUAGCUGUGGGGACCUCUCAGCGUCUCGGAGUCCCCCUGGGGUAUGGCGGUCCUCAUGCAGGGUUCUUCGCCUGCAAAAGUCCUCUAGUUCGACUCAUGCCUGGAAGGAUGAUUGGGGUUACCAGGGAUGCCAAUGGGAAGGAAUCCUACAGACUGGCAUUGCAGACUAGAGAGCAGCACAUCCGCAGAGAUAAGGCCACCAGUAACAUCUGCACCGCUCAGGCUCUGCUCGCCAACAUGUCAGCGAUGUUUGCAGUGUACCACGGCCCACACGGACUCAAGAACAUUGCCAACCGGACCCACAAUGCUGCCAUUAUUCUGAAGCGUGGGCUGGAGGACGCCGGGCACAUUGUCGAGAAUCAAUUCUUCUUUGAUACUUUGAAGGUGAAUGCUACAUUGGCCACAAGUGAGAUCAGGAUGCGAGCCCAACAGAAAGAGAUCAACCUUCGCUACUUCAGGGAUGAGACGGUGGGCAUUGCUCUGGAUGAGACAGUGGAGAAGCAGGAUCUGGACGACCUCUUCUGGGUGUUCAACUGCAGGAACACAACAGCUGAUAAGGUGACUAAACACAUAGGAGACCAAGCACUGCCACCGGAACACCUGACCAACACACAGUUCAAACGCACCUCGGAGUUCCUGACACACCCGAUCUUCAACACACACCACUCAGAGACUCAGCUGGUGCGCUACAUGAAGAUCCUGGAGAACAAGGAUGUCUCCCUGGUGCACUCCAUGAUCCCCCUGGGCUCCUGCACCAUGAAGCUCAACAGUUCUACCGAGAUGAUGCCGUGCAGCUUCCCCCACUUCACCGAGAUCCACCCGUUCGCCCCCCAGGAGCAGGCAUUGGGUUACCGCCUCCUGUUUGAAGAGCUGGAGAAAGACCUGUGUGAGAUUACCGGCUAUGACAAGAUCUCCUUCCAGCCCAACAGUGGUGCCCAGGGUGAGUACGCCGGGCUGCGUGCCAUCAUGUCCUACCUUGACGCACGAGGGGAGGGCCAUCGCAACGUGUGUCUCAUCCCCACCUCAGCCCACGGCACCAACCCGGCCUCUGCUCAGAUGGCUGGCAUGAAAGUGGAGCCUGUCAAUGUGGACAAGGAUGGGUCUAUUGACAUGGGCCAUCUGGUGGGGAAGAUCAAGAAGCAUGAGAAGCAGCUGGCGUGUCUCAUGAUCACUUACCCAUCGACCAAUGGUGUAUUUGAGGACAACGUGAAGGAUGUCUGCCAGAUGGUGCAUGAUGCUGGAGGACAGGUUUACCUCGAUGGCGCCAACAUGAAUGCCCAAGUUGGUUUGUGCCGGCCGGGAGAUAUCGGAUCUGAUGUUUCUCACUUGAACCUCCACAAGACCUUCUGCAUCCCACACGGAGGAGGAGGACCUGGCAUGGGGCCGAUAGGAGUCAAGCGUCACCUGGAGCCAUACCUGCCCAGCCACCCUAUCAUUGAUCCCAUGGCCCUCAUGCAAAAGAGAGCCCGCAGUUUUGGUGUGGUGUCUGCUGCUCCCUACGGUUCUGCUGCCAUUCUUCCUAUCUCCUGGGCCUAUGUCAAGAUGAUGGGGCCGAAGGGACUGCGAGAGGCAACACAGGUGGCCAUCCUCAAUGCUAACUACAUGGCCAAGAGGCUGGAGAAAGACUACAAGGUGCUGUACCGUGGCUCCAAUGACCUGGUGGCUCACGAGUUUAUUCUGGACAUGCGGGAGUUCAAGAAGACAGCGGGCAUUGAGGCGACAGACAUUGCCAAGCGUCUCCAGGAUUAUGGUUUCCACGCCCCCACCAUGUCCUGGCCGGUGGCUGGGAGUCUCAUGGUGGAGCCUACAGAGUCUGAGGACAAAGGGGAGCUUGAUAGGUUCUGUGAUGCAAUGUUGAUGAUUCGCCAGGAGAUCCGUGACCUGGAGGAAGGACGUAGUGAUCCCAAAUGCAACCCGCUCAACAUGUCACCUCACCCACUGGUCACUGUCACCAGCUCCACCUGGGACCGACCCUACACUCGAGAACAGGCUGCCUUCCCUGCUCCUUUCAUCCGUCCUGAAUCGAAGUGGUGGCCAACGGUAGGAAGGAUUGACGACAUCUAUGGUGACCGCAACCUUGUGUGCACGUGUCCCCCCAUGGAGGCUUACACUUCACCCUACGACCAGUGAUGAGAGGAGAGUCACACACUUGAGCUCCUAACACAUGUCCAUCUCCCUUCCUUCCUUUGUUUCCUAGUACCUUCCUGUUAUCUUCCUCCAGUUCACUUCUUUCCUUUCUAUAAAAUGUAUCUUCCUUCUUUCCUUCAUUUUCCAGUACCUUUUUCAAUUAUCCCUUCCUUUCCUUUCAAUCUAGUGUUAUAUCUUCCUUCCUUCAUUUCUCAGUGCUAAAGCUUCCUGUCUUCCUUUAUUCUUAUCAUCCUCUCCACUUUUCUUUCUUCAGUGCUCUUCUAAAAUCUUUUUCUUCCUCUCCAAGUAAUGCUAUGUUUAUCAUCCUUUGUUUCCCCAGUACUUCCUCUUCCUUCUUUCCUUAAUCUCCAGUCUUGACAGCUUCUUUAUGUUGUCUUUCCUUCAGUCCUUAUCUAGAAUCCCCUCCAUUUUCUUUCUUUUCUCUCCCAUUAUUCCUUCCAUCUUUCCUUUCCUUCCUUCCUUUCUACUCCUAACACCUUCCUUCUGUGUGUGUGUGUGUGUGUGUGUGUGUGUGUGUGUGUGUGUGUGUGUGUGUGUGUGUGUGUGUGUGUGUGUGUGUGUGUAGGCACUUGGUAUAUAUAUUGCACUAUUCUCUAAAAAAUGUAUACAUCUUGAUUAUACAAACUUGUGUAUGCAUAUAUAAAACUAUAGAAAUAUACAGUAAAUAUAGGAUCUAAAGCUUAAAAGACAAUAUCAGUGAGAGAGAGAGAGAGAGAGAGAGAGAGAGAGAGAGAGAGAGAGAGAGAGAGAGAAUAUCAUUUACAUAUUAUGCAAUCUAAUGUUGACUAAUACAACUCACAUUUAUUCUGAUCAGUUGUCAAGACUCGUUCAUAGUCAGUAAGGUAAGGCUGUGUGCAAUCAAUACUCCCAGCACUGAGGAACACUUGGUAAGUUCUCCCCACAAACCUUAACAUUAAUGAAAGUGGGAUGCAUUCUCAAACAUUGCACUGUCGGACCUUCCCUAAUAGUAACAGGCUCAAGGAUGUUUUCAAGGGUUUUUCAUGAUUCUUUAGUUUGAUAAGGACUGUGCUUAGGGGAGAAGAAAAGAAUACCCAUGAGAACCAGACUGAAAAUUUCUGUAGUGCUAAAGAGAGGACAAUGUUAAAGGAUCAAAGUUUUUCAUUAGCAUAAAUCAAAUCAAAUGCUGCUUUUUCUACUUUUCUUUUUUUUUUCUGAAAGUUGAUGCACUGAACUAAUUUUAUGUAUGAACCUUUUAUUUUCCAUUUAUUUGAGCUGCACAAUACACAAUGAAUAAAGGUUAUGGAAGCUCA